UGUAGUUGACAAAUUUAGCAUCUUAUAUUGACAUACAGCCAUUGUUGACAGGAUGUAUAUAUGUAUUAGCCUAUUAUUUUAGAACAUGUUGUGAUUUGCAAUAAUAUUGUCUAUGAAUUUUUUUUAAAAGGCAUGUUUGUUGUUGGUGACACGAUCCUUAUAGAAACAAAUGGCUGAAUCUAAAAAGGACAGUUUGACUAAUGUUUAGUAGAAAAAUUAAAUUUAGCUCUACGUAUACAUAACGACAGCAGAAAGACAAAAGGCUGCAGCCCUGUCAGCCGUUCACUGUGAGCGCCGUGUUGUUGAUGACUGUGUUGACAGUUGGAAGUCACACUUGACAUACCUCUUCCUUUUGACCUCGCAGUUCUAUAAAUAUUGUGUUUCUGAGUGUGUGCGUUGUCUGACACAUUAUAAAGGAGGAAGGAAACGGGGUAAAUAUUACAGACUGGGUCGUGGGACUUUUUUUUGUUUGUUUGUUUGUUUUAUGAAUGACAUGAGGACAUGGGGUAUUGACUGUAGUCGUAUUGUAAAAUAAAUACACAAGACGAAGCAGUGUGAGCAGCUGCUGCCACACUUGAGUAGCUCUGUGUUGUUCUGUGGAGAAUCCAUUAGCUGUAAUGAGGUAACAGUUUCCUACAGCUGCACAUUAUAUCAUCACACUACAUCAUAUCACAGCACAGCUUCGGCAUGUGAUUUUUUUUUUUUCAAACUCUCCCCUUCCCUUAUUCAAACUCUGCGUUUUAAUGCAGCCCUCCACAGUCUUGUGGGCAUAACCCAAUAGUGUCCUCUAUUUUCACUGAAAGAGAUAUUCCCUUUGUUGUCUGUGUGAUUUAUUGAAGUCUUCCCACAAGUGGAAGCCCCCAGGAAAUUGCCUGGAAUGGCCCUAAAUUGGUUUAUGAUUGUGUGGUGUGGGCCGGUUGCUGUUAUGGUUCUAAUAUUAUGCCCUCCACUCCCUGGCAUCUAUAUUAAAUUGAUCUGUAUUGUUUUCAUGGAGUGCCUGUUGGAGCUUGUUAAUUCUACGGCCGCUCCAGGCAGGAGGUGCAGCUCCAUGCGCAUAAGUGGCUUUGGAAAUGAGUAGAAAGCUCAUGCUUUUCUCAACAGAACGACCAGAACAGAAAUGUAGGAAAGGAUCCACGGCUGUCUGUAUACACCAGGGUUCAAGGCUGUGGCCUCGGUGUCCUUGUCCGCAGUUAUAAUCAGAUGCAUGAGUGUGGGUGUGUGGAACGGAUACUCGCGGACUGUUAAUGAGACCAUUAUAAGGUUUGCUCCUCUCCUGUCUUGCAGCAGAGCAACAGUAGAUGUGUUCUGACUCAUCUCAAUUGAAUGCGGUCCCACAGGGCUUGUUUACAGCCAAUAUGUUUGCUGGAAUUAACCCGAGAGGAGUGUGAAACACAUAAUUGAUCUUAAUGCAGAAAUGCAGUGUGUCUUGUCAGACGGCAACGCCACUUUUGUACACAAGGAUGAAAAGUAACGACUGAAAUGAUUCUAUCGACGGCUUUGCCAUCAACUCAUUAAGACCAUCAACGCCCGUGAAGUUUAAUCAAUGCCCUAAUGAACAGGUAUCAGCAGCGUUAUUGGCAUACUGUCACUGCUAAUGCAGCACAGUCAAAGGAGUGUGUGGAGAGGAGCAAAUAAGGCGGCUCUGCCGAAAACAGCUGUCCACACACAGGCCACAGGAUUUCACGGCAUGUGUUGCAUUAGUUUAAUACAAUGCCAAAGAAGUGGUUUUUGAGGGCCAGAUUUAUCUGUUUGCAGCUGAAAAACGUGUAAAAGGGCAGAAUUUAAUGACUUUGUCUGUAGGAGAGAGGGUUUUAUAGUUUGGUGGUGAAAUAUUCACAGUUCAGAUUUCUGUCUUUUUUUUUUUCUUUUUAAAAAUGGUGUUAGUAUUGGUUUUUGUUCUCGGAGUGCUUUCUCUAGCUGCUUUGUGGAAAUGUGCUGGGUUUCUGCCACAAUUCAAUGGUUAGAACACAAAGUCUCCCAUCUGCAAAAUGAACCAGGAAAAGUGAGGAAAAUCCUCAUUCACACCUAGUGAGGCACAAACACCUAGUCUGUGUUGUUAACACAGUACUGUUGUCGACAGACACUGUAUAAGGUAUUGACCUUAACAAAUAGGAUCGUAUGAUUUAUUUUAUUUUAUUUUUUUGCUCUAAAAAUACAAAGUGUUAAUGAUUGAAAUUUGCUCAUUUAUAGUAAAUAAAAAAUCCCUCUAUUUUUAGUUUAAGCAUGUGAGUAUCAGUGUAUGAUAGUGUACCUGUUGUCGUAUUUUUUUAAUAACAAUUUUGAACGUAUUUUUUUCCAUUUUUUUUUUACUGUUUAUCGGAGGAUCAGUAUUCUAAAAAGGCAUUCCCUAAUGAAAAAACCUUUUUUUUGGCUUGUGACAUCACAGAUUUCAGACUUUUUUUUCCAGCCAUUUUUGAUCAUGUUGGUUAUACUGUUGCAGUAGUCAGUUCAGUCCACAAAAUGCGUGUGGAGUUUUCAAUCAUAACUUAAAAAAUAUUUGAAUAAUUUUUUUGUCAAUUAGAAGACAUUUGAAUUCUAAAUAAUUAAUUAAUAUGUAACAGUAGACCUACUGACUCGGUGGCUCAGGGUUAAGCAUAACUUGGUAACCUGUUUGUGACAGACGACCACAGACGACCACAGACACUGACGGUUGAACAUGUCCCCGUGUGAGCCGGGCUGCCUGACUCAUCUGGUGAACUUCUGUGGGGAGUAAAUGAAUUGACUGCAAACGUCUGUGACAUCUCGUUGUUUGGAACCGUUUCCCAGAGCCCGUCUUUGUGACUGCGGCUGGUUUGUAUCUCAGGCACGCUUCAUUUGAUGCUAUCAGUCUCUGAAUGAUAUUUGGUUCAUUAGAUGGCGUGCAGUAAGAGACCGGUGUUGACACAACGUGAGUUAAUGUGUUUAGUGACUCUAAUGGAUCUUAGAGGUCCUAAUGAAACAUUGUCAUGGGAAGAUUUAUGUCGGGAGCCGCGGCUCAGUCCUUGUUUCCAUUUUUCAUGUGAUUACCAGCACCUUUAUUCAAUGUAAAGUAAACAAUAGACGAAAUCGAUUCCGUACUGGGACUACACAGUUGUUCAAAAUGCGAAACUGAAAUGAUUGCAGGUGGAAUAUGAAUCAUGAUGCUAAUUAAAAGUGCUGCACUUUUUUUUGGCAAAUAAUUACAAAUAUUGUCGAACAAACGUUUGAUAUUUCUACAUUUUAAAUAUUAAGAUUGUUCAAAAAAAUAUUUGAAUAAUUUACAUUGGCAUUUAAUUUUUCAUAUGUAAACACGCAGCUCCCAAAUCCAAAGCAGUUUGAUGUUUGUCUCAAGAUGGGACGAUAUGAGCCGCAGCUUUUUCAUGGAAAUGCCAUAUGCAGCGUGGUUAUUGGCCAGAGCUGGAUUGUACUAAAACCAGAAUAUUGUAUCAGGGAGAGGCAGCUGGUUAGGAGUCAGAACAGAUUAUCAUAUGAGAGAGGAUGAGCGAGGAGGAAGGGGGGAGGAGAGAGAGAGAGACAGAGAGAGAGAGAGAGAGAGAGAGAGAGAGAGAUGAACUGUAAGGCACAGGCAAAUGUGAGGGGUAAGGGAGGCGGAGAGGGAGGGAGAGUAAUAGGAAGAAACUCGUUGCCAGGUCGCGGUGGGGUGGAGAGGAUCAUCCAAACCCUUCCGUCACUAUCUCUCCUUCUUCACCUGUCAAAAAGAGUGUGUGAGAGCCGUCGGAGUGUGUGAGAGAGCGAUGGAGGGAGUGCAGGUCCUCUGAGAGGUCAGAGGAAGACGCUGUAGACUCCACUCAUCUUCUCUCUGUGUGUACGGCCCACUGCUGUUUGCAGACAUCUGGCCUCACACUGAUCACUCAUAUCUGCAGACAGGGAGCGGGAGAAGGAGAGCGCAGGGCUUCGAUCUUUGAGGCACAGAUAAAAAAAAAAAAAUUACACAUCCCCUCUUAUCCAUCCUCUCCACUCUCCUAGUUGUAUUCCCCCCUCUGCCUUCCUUUGUUUCCUCAGCUCUCCCCUCCUUCAGCCCCGUCUAACCUUUUAUCCUCCCUUUGACUUUGUUCUUAUCCUUGACAUUGCACACAUUUUAACUGCAAAAAAAACAACAGAAAAACAAGUAUCUAGAAGGAGAAGGGAACAAAAAGACACCGUGUCUGCUGGAACCUGCUCUGACUUUAUCCUUGCACUAAAAAGAUAAAACGGUGGAGAUAGUGAGAGAAUGCUGUGUCUUGCAAGCCGGCGUACAAGGCUGUGCCUGCAAUCAGUGGGAAGAGGGCCAGCUCUCCUGCCUGAGCUCUCAGCGCCCCUACUGGCUGCACGCUGUGCCAAUCAAAGGCGAGUGGGUGGGGAGCAGUCAGACAUGAGCACUGAUGUCACAGUCACAUGGAUUCUGGUGUGGUCAUGCUCGGAGGCUGAGAGACAGAGCUGUGCUGGCCAGCUGCUGCUGAGACAGCAGUGGAGGGCUUUGCGCCGGUGAUAGUUUUUCCUCUUAUGGACUCCGAGCUUAAUGAUGUAUUUUGUGAUUUCAGCUAUGAAAGCUCAAAUCGAGAUUAUUCCCUGCAAGAUCUGUGGAGACAAAUCAUCAGGCAUCCAUUAUGGUGUGAUAACAUGUGAAGGCUGCAAGGGCUUCUUCAGGAGGAGUCAGCAGAGUAAUGCAGCCUACUCCUGCCCCCGCCAGAAGAACUGCCUGAUUGACCGCACCAGCCGCAACCGCUGCCAGCACUGCCGGCUGCAGAAGUGCCUGGCUGUGGGCAUGUCACGAGAUGCGGUGAAGUUCGGUCGUAUGUCGAAGAAGCAGCGAGACAGUCUGUACGCCGAGGUCCAGAAGCACCGGCUGCAGCAGCAACAGCGUGACCACCAACAACAGCCGGGAGAGGCGGAGCCACUCACGCCCAGUUACGGCCUCUCGGCCAACGGCCUCACGGAGCUUCACGACGACCUGAGCGGCUACAUGGACAGUCACACUCCCGAUGGCAGCAAACCAGACUCUGCAGUCAGCAGCUUCUACCUGGACAUCCAACCUUCUCCUGACCAGUCAGGCCUGGACAUCAACGGCAUCAAGCCGGAGCCCAUCUGCGACUUUGCCCCCGGCUCUGGCUUCUUCCCUUACUGCUCCUUCACCAACGGAGACACCUCCCCCACCGUGUCUAUGGCUGAACUAGAACACCUGGCCCAGAACAUCUCCAAGUCACACAUGGAAACUUGUCAGUACCUGAGGGAGGAGCUGCAGCAGAUGACCUGGCAGGCCUUUCUGCAGGAGGAGGUGGAGAGCUAUCAAAGCAAGCCACGAGAAGUCAUGUGGCAGCUGUGUGCUAUCAAAAUAACAGAGGCCAUUCAGUAUGUGGUGGAGUUCGCCAAGCGCAUCGAUGGCUUCAUGGAGCUGUGUCAGAACGAUCAGAUAGUGCUGCUGAAAGCAGGCUCUUUGGAAGUUGUGUUUGUCAGAAUGUGCCGUGCCUUUGACUCACAAAACAACACAGUCUAUUUUGAUGGGAAAUAUGCCGGACCCGAUGUGUUCAAGUCAUUAGGGUGUGACGACUUGAUCAGCUCCGUCUUCGAGUUUGGGAAAAACUUGUGUUCUAUGCACCUGUCUGAGGAUGAGAUCGCCCUGUUCUCCGCCUUUGUGUUGAUGUCUGCUGAUCGUUCUUGGCUUCAAGAGAAGGUGAAAGUGGAAAAAUUGCAGCAAAAGAUCCAACUGGCCCUUCAGCAUGUCCUGCAGAAGAACCACAGAGAGGACGGUAUACUUACAAAGUUGAUAUGCAAAGUGUCGACACUGCGAGCGCUGUGCAGUAGGCAUACAGAGAAGCUUACAGCUUUCAAAGCAAUAUACCCAGACAUUGUGCGUGCCCACUUUCCCCCCUUAUACAAGGAGUUGUUCGGAUCAGACUUUGAGCAGUCCAUGCCCGUUGACGGGUAGCAGCCCAGCCAGGGGCCGCCGUGCCCACCGUUGGGGAAUGUGGAGGAGGAAUCUUUAUUGACACUUUAUUGGUGCCCUGCACAAACCAGAGCGGACCGACGGCACGCUGUUCAUCUGUUCCUUUCACAUCGGAGGGGUGGGGGCUUAGGGAGUUGUUUAUCAAUGUUUACUUUUACAAUUUGGGGGAGUGGGGGGGGGGGUUGAAAGGUGAUAUCUGGACCCAAUGCCUCUGUGGCACAAAAGGAGGAGAAAUCAUUUGGUCUGGUUGAAUUUGACCUUUUUUUGCGCAUUUCUAAAGAACUAAACUUUACAGUAUUCUAGGAUUAAAAUGAUAAAAGUCAUUUAUUAGUGCAUCCCAUUUUUAUUGUCUUGUAAACCACAGUGAUGAACUAAAGACAUUUAAAAAAAAUUAAGGCAAACAAAAGGAGGUGACAAAGAUCAAGGUCAGUAUUAUUUCUGAAAAAAAACAAAAAACAACCCUCUACCAACACUGUAUUUUUGUUGUCCAAACUUGUCUUCUUUGGAUGAUAAAUGCGCACACUUUGGUCAAGUUCAGCCACUGGUUUUUCUUUUCCUUUUUUUUUCCUCGAGACAUUUUUUUGGAUGCAAUGCUCAGAACGAAACUCACAGCAACUCUUCGGGAGCCUCCGUCGGCACGGUGAUGCAAUCGGCAACUCUCCAAGGACAAUCGUUUAAAAAAUGGUAAUAGAAUUCUGGUAAUUCUAAUGAAACCACAAUGAUUCUCGCUGUCAAAGACUUCAUCCACCAUUGUUGCAUAGUGAAAUCACGUAAGGCCAUCUGCUAUUAAUCCUUCUCUGGACGGGUGCCCUGGAGACACACGGGGCACCGACACAAUGAAGAGGGUCCAUUCCACCUGUUUUAUAAUGUACUACAGGGUAUACGGUCAUAAGUACUUACGAUACAGAAAAAAAAGUAAUGUUUAUAGAAUCUAUUUUAAAUAACAUGUAUGAUAUUAGUAGUUAGACCAUUCUUAAUUGUUGAAUUGAUAAGGCACUUUUAUUUACACCUUUCUUUAAUUUAAGACGUGUAUAUUUACCUAGUGAUGUGUUGCAUGUGCACAAGAAAUACAAGUUGAAUCAUGGUCACAGGGGCUAGUCCUGGUAGCAACAGCUGACGCUGCUCUGGAAGUGUUAGUGAUGUGGGUAGAGACGGCUACGGUGGCGUUUUCACGGGCAAACAAUGGAUCAGAAAUGAGACGGCAGGUUCGAGACGCAUGUUCUGAGCUCCUUUCUCUACGGCACACGUAUUAUAAUAGUAAAAUUCUCCAAUGAAGACGUCAAAUAAAUCCCCUUUUUCUUCCGUCUCACGGAUCAGAAUGCAUUUGUAAAUGCAAAAAAUACGGUGAACUCAAAUCCUUUUUUAAAAUGUAUUGGUUAAAUCUUAGGUGUAAAAACAUUUUUAAAAAAAACAUAUUUCUUUACCUAAAAUAUCCAAUUGGCUGCACCGGAACUAUCAAAUAUUGACUGUAAUGCAAUUGUUCCACCUAGUGGAAAGGAAAAUUACAGCAAGCAGCUACCACUUAAAAUUAGCGAGAGCACGUGCAUGCUCCUCUCUCACUAUGUGCUUUGUGGGAUUUUCUUUAGCAUUUGCUUUUUUUAUUAUUAUUUAAACCGUUAUCGGUUUUUAGCUACUUUAAUCUGCCUUCUCAACUGAGCCUCUGCCCGGCGACGCCACAGAAGAAACAGCAGUGGGGAAAAGUGAAUAUUCAAAGCCUUGUCUGGUAGUAAAAAGCUUCUAUUUUUGUAACACAUUUUGGUUAUUAAUCUCACACAAAAAAAAGAAUGAGGGAGAGAAAAAUAAGUCAGGUAGCACUUAACUGUAUUCCUGCAAUAAUUAGACUAGCUGUUGUUUGUACGAGUAGGGGAGAAACUUAAAAAUGCUAGGACAAGUGCUAUUUUCAGAAUGCUUUGUAGUUGUGCUUCUGUUUUUUGUGUUCCGUGUGUCGUUCCUGUCAGUGUGGUAGUAAAGUGGUUAGAAAAAAGAAGAAGAAAAAAAAACCCUGGAUGUGCCAAACAGUAGUCGUCGCUUCAGCUUUCCAGUCUACUCGUCUGUAAUGUAGAAUGGAUUCCUAAGACAUUCCAGCAAUCUCAGUAGCGGCUUUGUGAAAUAGGUUUUUACUAAAAAAAAAGGGGGGGGGGGGGGGGGGGGGAUUACCUUGUUUUUUUAACAAAAAAAGAGAAAAAAUUAUCCCUUUAGAAUUUCAACAAAGCACGUUAGAACAUCUGUCACCGACCGUAACAUAGGAUCCACAUGUUUGUCGUUUGUUCUAUGUUUGGUACACUAUCAUUCCUCUGCCGUGCAAUUUGUACAAGGUGUUAAUGCCUUGUGCUGUCACCCCUCAGGGAAGUGUUUUGUGUGUGUGUGUGUGUGUUUUCUGUUGGGUUUUAUUCAUUAGUUUUAAUUUACAUUUUAUUUUUUGUUCAGGAAUGUUCCAUGAGAAUUGGUAUUUAUCGCAGAACUUUACAUCACCCAUGUCCUCACGGGGCCGCCAGCAUCUUCAGAACCACUGUGGUCAAGUCAGAUACAAAGAAAAAAAAAGCAUCUCAUCAACAAAAAAAAAAAA